GGAUUGAGAAACUUUGAAAUGAAAAAGAGUCGCUUGCUUUAGAGUUAAAGAGGCAUGAACAGACACGACAAGGAUUUCAGAUGCAAAUGCAGCUUUUGAGGGAGCGUUUACUGAAUAUGGAACAGCGGCAGCAAAAAAUGAUGUCUUCCGUGGCUCAAGUCUUGCAGAAACCAGGGCUUGCCAUAAAUCUAACACCACAAUUGGAGACUAAUGACAGAAAGAGAAGGUUGCCUAGAAUUGCUUACUUAUAUGAUGAAGCCGGGAUUGAAGAUAGUCAGACAGGCAAUUACCUAAUCGCUAGAGAAAAUACAAAUUUCGCAUUGUCGUCCAACAUCGAGCCAUUUGAACAAUUAGAGUCAUCUAUGGUGUUUUGGGAGAAUGUGCUUAAUAUUGAUGCACAACCUAAAUCCCCCGGGAUUGACAUGAACUCUGAGCCUGCCCCGGUUGUUACAUCUGAGCCUAUUACAGAAAAGGAACAACCUGCAAGAACUACUGAACCUCCAAGAGCUGGCGUUAAUGAUAUGUUCUGGGAACAAUUUUUGACUGAAAAUCCUGGUUCAACUGAAACUCAGGAAGUCCAGUUAGAAAGAAAAGAUUCCGAUGCUAGAAAGAAUGAAAGCAAACCUGGUGAUCAGAGAAGAUUUUGGUGGAAUAUGAAUAAUGUAAAUAACCUUGCAGAGCAGAUGGGGCAUCUAACUCCCGCUGAGGGAACUUGAUAUUGGUUGAUUUUUUUUAUGGCUUUUGGUGCCUCGAUAUUUAGAUGUAUUAAAUCUAGGUAUGAUUGGUUUGAUGUGGAAAUAAGUAGAUAACUUAUGUUUGAGUUCAUCUUCUCAAGCAUGUCAUUACGUUCGCACGUUCAUUUGUUUUUAGGUGCUAUACAGCUAUAGUGAUUUACAUGG